GUCUUCAACCUUGGCAACUUUAAGCAAAUUUUAAGCAAACUUUAAGCAAACUUUAAGCAAAGCUGGCUGAAGAAUUCUGGGAGUUGAAGUCCCCAAGUCUUAAAGUUGCCAAGGUUGGAGACCCUUGCCAUAAACAGAUUCUUCCCCAUCAAUUCUUUUGACAGAAAGGAGGUCCUAAUAUCUCCAUUUUAUGCUAAAACGAUUAAAAAGUGGCUCAUUUUUGUUUCCUGUGUCUUUCUUUCCUGGUUCACGUUCUCCUUCGGACACAUCCACCCACCCCAAAUGCGCACCAGAGAGUCUCCCAAAUAUUUCCUUCGCGGGACACUUGCUGCUGUCCAAAGAAACUCGGAUCCCUGCAGGAAACUGGGGAAGGGGGAGUUAGAAGAGAGGCAAUUCCAACGUGGGCUGAGCUUCCUGGGAUGAGAGAGCCGCUUUCGUUUUUCUUCUUCGGUUAUAGGGAUUUUCCAUCCCGGAAUUUCCACGGAACGCUCUUUCUCCCACAGUCCCACUCCCCGUCUCCGUCCCCUCCUGCCCUCCCCCCCCCGUUCCUUCUCUUUAUAAAAAGAACGAAAUGGGGCUCCGGCAUACACCGAUUUCUCUUCCACGGUUACAGUGGGUCCUUCUUGGAGCUCCUGGGCAAGGCAAUUUCGGGACUGCCCUUUUUGAACCCGCUCAAGUUUUGCGUUCCCCGGACCCAAGUCGUCGCGGCCAAUGGCACGAAUGAUUUCAGCACUGCUUUCGCUCCUCCUGACGUUCACAAUGGCUAAAGGAUUUGGAAUAGAGGACAUUGUGCCGGAUCACAGAGUUGUUGUCCAAAUUGGACACAAGCUUGCCCUAAGUUGUCGCACAACCGGUUGUGAAUCCCCGAACUUCUCCUGGAGAACCCAGUUAGACCAUCCAUUAGGUGGGGAAGUGAGCAGUCAAGGAAAGAGUUCAGUUUUAACUAUACAGUCUGUUGGAUUUCAACAUGAGCAUCAAUAUGUCUGUACUGCUGGUUGCAAGCUGGGUGAACCGUCCAAAGAAAAAGCAGUCAUGGUUGACAUUUACUCAUUCCCCAGCGAUCCAGUUAUUGAGCUCAAAAGCCCUCUCAUUCUUGGGCAACCUGCUUCUGUCACCUGUCGUGUUCCCAAGGUCUAUCCUUCUGAGCAGUUGAUGAUCACUUUGAUGAAAGGAAAAUUAACUUCUGAAAAAGAGUUUUUUCAAGACCCUCAUACAAAAUCAUUAGAGACCAAGAACUUGAAGAUGGAUUUUAUUCCUACCGAGGAAGAUUUUGGGAAAGAGAUUGUAUGCAUAGCUGAGCUGCCUUUAGAGGACAUGGCUCUGAAGGCCAGGCAGUCGACGCAUGUGAUGGAAAUAAAUUACGGCCCACGGAAUACUCAAAUCGUGGCAUUUCCAGGCAACACCAUACUAGAAGGAGAAGCUUACCUGAUACUUACCUGCUUGACUGAAAGUCAUCCUCAGGCUAGUUUUGUCUGGAAGAAGCAGCUUCCUGAUGGACUUACCCAGAAUAUUGUGGGAAAGUACAACCUCUCUAUCCCAAAUCCGCAAGCCUCUGACUCUGGAACCUAUAUCUGUGAAGUCACCAAUGAAGUUACAAGUGUAGUGGAGAGAACAUCACUAUAUAUUUCUGUACAAGCAUCAGUCUUUUCAACAGCCGCUUCAACAUUAACCACCCCACCUGAAACAACAGCAUUAACCACCCCAUCUGAAACAACAACAUCUUUUACAUCAGAUGCAGCAUCAGAAACUACAACAUCGGUUACAUCUCAUGCAACACUGAAAACUUUUGUGUCUGCUACAUCAGAGAUAGCAACACCGGAGUUGAUUAUAACGUCUGCAUUGGAUACAGCACCAAAAAUAAUUACCUCUGUGACAUCACAUGCAGCACUGAAAAACAAUACAGUUGUGUACCUGGUGGAUGUUUCUGAAGAUGACAGAAAUAAUACAGAAGAGAUCAUAAUAAUUGCCAGAGUUGAAGACCUGGAUUACGUGAUUCCUGUAAUCGUCGUCGUUUCUUGUUUAGCCACAGUAGCAGGCCCUGCAGCUGCCAUAUUUAUUUACAUUGUUAGAAAGAUGAAAAUAAAUGGAUCCUACAGUCUUGCAGACUCACUUAAACCAAACAUAUAAUUCCGUUAACUGGAAGUAAUUCGACAGUUUUGCAAGUUUACCAACUUGAUGAUUCUGGAUCUUGCUCAGAAUCUUUGUUGAUUAACUCAGCGUGAGAGGAAUUGAGCUGAUGUGCUUUGGAAAGGAUGCAAAUCAAAAUUAAGCCUUUUCAUGAAAACCGAUCUCUUGGGUCAAGACUCUCUCUCCACUUAGUGUCUCCAUUCAGCCAUUAAGUGAUUUGUGGCCUUGGACUAAUAGAUAUGUCUCUGAACCAGCGGCCCCCAACUUUUUGGGCAGCAGAGACUGGUUCCAUGGAGAGAGGUUCUUCCGCAGACAGGAAGGGCCGUGAUUUCGUGUGUUGCCUACAUCCCGCGGAUGGGGCUUCCCUUGUUUGCACGGCCCGAUUUCUGGCAUGCCCCAGCCAGGUGCCCAUCCACGGACCUGGGGUUGGGGACCCCUGCUCUAAACUAUGUUUUCAUUUUAUAAUAUCAACUUUCAUGUGCAAUUCGAGCCAAAUGAAACCUGCCUUCCUUUUGGUAAUGCUGGACUAAUUUUCAUGCUUACCUACAUAUUCAACCAAAUAGUUACUUAUGAAAAUAAAGUGAAGUGCAAUAGGGUGGGCUAUCCAGAGAGCCUUCUAGAGUAGUUGCAAAUCAUGCAAUAUGAACAGUUGAUCCAUAGAAGAGAAGUAGCCUUGCACUGUAGUGCUGAUUAUGUUACCUAGUUACGCAAUAAAAUGUCUGCAACAAAACAAGCUUACAGAACACCAAGGACCCCACACGAACAGCUUUGUGAAUAUAAAAAGAAGGACUAAUUUGCUAGCUUUGGGAAAGGUAUUUCUUUGUUUGGCAAAAUGCCCAUAAAGCUUCCACUUGCAAAGUGUUUGUGCCAUUCCUGGAUCCGUGAGCUUCCGCCACCAUUUUACUUCCACAAUUAAACCUCUCUGCUUCCAUGCAAAGAGACACGCUGCAUGGAUAUUUAAUUUUGUUUUCUUUAUUGCUCUUGCAUUUUGGUGUGGGGACUCUGUGGCUGCAGGCAAUUCUCAACGAAGCAGUGAUUUUUGCCCUCAUGUUCUAGAAGAUGGGUCAUUUCCACACUGUUUUUGAAGGAUUGGACACUAAAAAUGUAUGUAAAUAUGCUGUAAGAUUUAUUAUAUAUUUCUUGUAAAUAAUGUAUUAUAUUCUGAACGUAUGUAUUAUGCAGAGGUGGGAUACAAUUGGAUAAAUCUACAAUAGACGUAUGUAUUUUGUAUAUGUAUAUAUUUUAACCUGAAAAUAGGAAAUGCAAAAUUAUUCACUGCUAGCUGUGAAUAAAUUACCUGAUAUUCUGAAGCUGUUCUUCUCAGAAUGGGCUUAAUCCUGGUGAAGCUAAGCAUUUUAAAGACCUGUUGAUCUCAACAAGAGGGGUUUUUCAUUCUUCUGUUGAAAUUGGUUAAAUUUAAAAAGUGCUUAACUUUGAUGGUUUGUUUCUGUAUAAAUAGAUGCUCACACCCCCAUGUUUGCAAUGCUACAAAUAGUGGGGAAGAUGGAGUACAAACAGUAUACAGUUUUAAAGUUCUACAUAAUAAUGGAAGCUAAUAUUCUUUGAGAAAUAUCAGGAAACUUGGAAGAGGACCAUGGUUCCCAGGAAUCUCUAGGAAAAAGAAGCAACAACAAUUAAAUAAUUUAAACAAUUAAAUACUAUGAACAGAUGUUCAUAGUAUAGAAAUGUCCCAUUAACUAGUUCUAGAUAGCUGAAUAAAAUGGAAAAUACAAUUUUAUGUACAUUUAAAGUAGGGCAUGAAUCUCAUUGUAGAGCUAAAAUUCUACUUUGACGUUGCUAGCUAUAUUAGAGGCCGUAAUAGCUCAGGCUGUAAGGAGCCUGUUAUUAGAACACAGUAGCCUGCAAUUACUGCAGGUUCAAGCCCGGCCCAAGGUUGACUCAGCCUUCCAUCCUUUAUAAGGUAGGUAAAAUGAGGACCCAGAUUGUUGGGCGGGCAAUAAGUUGACUUUGUAAAUAUACAAAUAGAAUGAGACUAUUGCCUUAUACACUGUAAGCCGCCCUGAGUCUUCGGAGAAGGGUGGGAUAUAAAUGUAAAUUUAAAAAAAAAAUUAUGAAAGGAAUAAUUUAUACACUCCAGACAAAAUUGCAUUUUAAGUUCUAUUCCAAGGUUAUAACCUGAUUUUUAUACACACACACACACACACACACACACACACACACACACACACACAAACAUAUAUAUAUAUAUAUAUAUUGUGAGUCUCCCACUCACCUGAUUCAUGUUUUGGUACUUUGCAAAGCUUGUACAGUAUUAUUUAAAUUUGUUUUUAGCAAUGCAAUGUUCUCCUGUGAAACUGAAUAUUUAUGUUGACAUCCGUGAAUUUUCUUUUGUUUGACUGGAGAGAAAAAUAGCCCAAAUACUAUAGUUAAUCAAUGUAUGAUUGAAUUGUAAAUAAAAGUGCUUUUCUGAUU